AUGAAUUUUAUGAGUCCUAAGUUUGCUCUUACAGAUGUCGAGUAUCCUGCUUGGUGUCGAGACGAUGAAGUUCCCAUAACAAUGCAAGAAAUUAGAGAUGUUUUUGUUCAACUUACUGAAAAGUUUGGAUUCCAGAAAUCUUCUAUGGAGAACAUGUAUCAGCAUUUAAUGGGGCAGUUGGACUCUAGAGCAAGCCGCACAGGUGCACAAAAUGCAUUGAUAUCGCUACAUGUGUCAUAUAUUGGGGGCGAACAUGCAAAUUAUAGGAAGUGGUAUUUUGCCGCUCAGCUUGACUUGGAUGAAGAAAUUGGGUUUCAAAACAUGCAACUGCAUGGGAAAGCACGUCAAAGGAAUGUGAAGAUGGCAAAGAAAAGGGGUGUGUCCAUCAAGGAACAGAUUAAACAAUGGAAUGAGAAGGAACAAGAGUUCAUCAACAAUCACCCAAAAAUAACGCUAACUCAAGAACAAUUGGAAGAUCAGACAAACUUGAAAAGUGCGGACUACAAAUGGAAGUUAAAGAUGAAAAAGUUGUCGCCAGAAAAUAUGGUAAGACAGCUGGCUCUUUACUUGCUUUGUUGGGGAGAAGCCAACCAAGUCAGGUUUGCUCCAGAAUGUCUUUGCUUUAUUUUUAAAUGUGCGCUUGACUAUGACAUUAGUACGUCAAGUGAUGAAAAAACAGUGCAAUUGCCUGAAUAUGCCUACUUAAAUGACGUUAUUACCCCCCUUUACGAAUUUCUGAGAGGCCAAGUAUACAAGAAAGAUUCCAAGGGAAAUUGGAAACGAAGAGAAAAGGAUCACAAGAACAUUAUUGGUUAUGAUGACGUCAAUCAACUGUUUUGGUAUCCAGAAGGAUUUGAGCGUAUAAUUUUAAAUAAUGGAGAACGAUUAGUCGAUAAGUCACUGGAGGAGAGGUACCUUUAUUUCAAAGAUGUCGCAUGGCCAAAAGUAUUCUACAAAACUUAUAGAGAAACCAGAAGUUGGAAACAUUGCUUUACAAAUUUUAAUAGAUUCUGGAUUAUUCAUUUUGCACCAUUUUGGUUCUUCACAACCUUUAAUUCCCCCACUUUGUACACCAAAAAUUAUGUUCAGUUGUUGAAUAAUCAACCUACACCUCAAGUGAGACUCUCAGUGAUUGCCUUUGGGGGCACAAUUGCGUGCUUAGUUCAAAUCUUCGCCACAAUAUUUGAGUGGGGGUUUGUGCCUCGAGAGUGGCCAGGAGCUCAACAUUUAUCAAACAGAAUGACUGGUCUUCUCUUUUGUCUUGCAAUUAAUCUGGGGCCGUCAGUGUAUGUUUUAGGAUUUUUCGAGUGGGAUGUUCAUUCAAAAUCUGCAUAUAUUGUGUCCAUUAUUCAGUUGAUCAUUGCACUUUUAACUACUCUUUUUUUCGCUGUCAGGCCUUUGGGCGGUUUAUUCCGUCCAUACUUAAGUAAGGACAAAAAACAUCGAAGAUAUAUCUCAUCACAAACCUUUACCGCUUCAUUUCCCAAGCUGACGGGACGAAGCAAAUGGUUCUCCUAUGGCUUAUGGAUAUUCGUCUACCUGGCAAAAUAUAUUGAGUCUUAUUUUUUUUUGACUUUAUCCCUCAGGGACCCAAUCAGAGUCCUAUCUAUUAUGGAUUUAUCCAGAUGCCACGGGGAUUAUUUGUUGGGUCCCCUUCUGUGCAAGUGGCAAGCCAAUAUUACGUUGGUUCUUAUGUUGCUUUCUGACUUGGGCCUAUUUUUUCUCGAUACUUACCUUUGGUACAUUAUUUGCAACUGUAUUUUCUCCAUUAUACUAUCCUUUUCUCUUGGUACCUCAAUUCUCACACCAUGGAAGAAUGUAUACUCCCGAUUGCCUAAAAGGAUAUAUUCCAAAAUAUUGGCUACUUCAGAAAUGGAUGUAAAGUUCAAAGCAAAAAUAUUGAUAUCACAAGUGUGGAACGCUAUCGUUAUAUCAAUGUAUAGAGAACAUCUUCUUUCCAUUGAGCAUUUACAAAGACUUCUCUUCCAGCAAGUUGACUCUUUGAUGGGAGAUACAAGAACAUUGAAAUCUCCUACAUUUUUUGUUGCUCAAGAUGAUUCAACUUUCAAGUCCAUGGAAUUUUUUCCUUCAAAAUCAGAGGCAAAAAGAAGAAUAUCGUUUUUUGCUCAAUCAUUGGCAACCCCCAUUUCGGAACCUGUUCCAGUGGACUGUAUGCCAACCUUCACCGUCUUGGUACCUCAUUAUUCAGAAAAAAUUCUUUUGGGUUUAAAGGAAAUCAUCAGAGAAGAAUCCCCUAAAAGUAAAAUUACAGUACUCGAGUAUUUAAAGCAUUUACAUCCUACAGAAUGGGAGUGCUUUGUUAAAGAUACAAAACUAUUGACCAUGGAAAAGAGUUUUUUGAAAGAAGCGAUGAAUAAAGAUGAUGACGAAGACGGGCUGGAAACCCCAGAUGCUCUAUGCGAUUCAAAGUCUAACCCUCUUUCCGAUUACAAUGAUUCCCGAAAAUUGGCUAGGGAAGAUGAUCUAAUUAAGGAGAAAAUCAAUGACUUACCAUUUUCUUACUUUGGCUUCAACUCAUCUGAACCGUCGUAUACACUAAGAACAAGAAUUUGGGCUUCAUUACGAACACAGACUUUAUAUCGGACUCUUUCAGGUUUCAUGAACUAUUCUAAGGCUAUCAAACUGUUGUAUCGGAUUGAGAAUCCCUCUUUGGUUGGCUUGUAUCGUGGUAAUAAUGAAGCUUUGGAAAACGACUUAGAAAAUAUGGCGAGUAGGAAAUUUAAAAUGGUUGUUGCUAUGCAGAGAUAUGCAAAAUUCAAUAAAGAUGAAAUGGAGGCGACAGAACUACUUUUGAGAGCCUAUCCAAAUAUGUUCAUAUCUUACCUUCUGGAAGAGUUAGAGCAAGACACUUCAGAGAGAACAUACUAUUCAUGUCUGACAAACGGCUAUGCAGAAUUUGAUGAGGAAAGUGGGUUAAGAAAGCCAAUAUUUAAAAUCCGCUUAUCAGGCAAUCCAAUACUUGGCGAUGGCAAAUCGGACAACCAAAACCAUUCCAUUAUAUUCUAUCGCGGUGAGUAUAUUCAAGUGAUUGAUGCAAACCAAGAUAAUUAUUUGGAAGAAUGUCUAAAGAUACGAUCCGUUUUAAGUGAGUUUGAAGAACUUGAGCUUAAUUCGACAAUCCCGUACAUUCCUGGUAUUGAGUAUGAGGAAGAACCACCGCCCAUUGCUAUAGUCGGUUCGAGAGAGUACAUUUUCUCAGAAAAUAUUGGAGUGUUAGGUGAUAUUGCAGCGGGUAAAGAGCAGACUUUUGGAACCUUAUUUGCAAGAACGUUAGCAGAAAUUGGUGGUAAACUGCAUUAUGGACAUCCUGAUUUUCUUAAUGGCAUUUUUAUGACCACCCGUGGUGGCCUAUCCAAGGCGCAGAGAGGAUUACAUUUAAAUGAAGAUAUAUAUGCCGGAAUGAAUGCCAUUUGCCGUGGUGGAAGAAUAAAACAUAGUGAUUACUAUCAAUGUGGUAAGGGUCGAGACCUGGGAUUUGGCUCCAUUUUGAAUUUCACCACUAAAAUAGGUGCAGGUAUGGGUGAACAACUAUUAUCAAGGGAAUACUAUUAUUUGGGAACACAACUUCCAAUGGAUAGGUUUUUAUCCUUUUUUUAUGCACAUCCUGGUUUCCACUUAAAUAAUCUUUUUAUUUCCUUUUCGGUUCAGCUAUUCUUCGUUCUAUUGUUAAACUUGGGUGCUUUGAAUCAUGAAACAAUAGCUUGCUUUUACAACAAGAAUGCACCCAUCACAAACCUCGAGACCCCUGUUGGAUGUUAUAAUAUUCAACCCGCCCUACACUGGGUAUCGAUUUUUGUUCUGUCAAUCUUUAUCGUCUUUUUUAUUGCCUUCGCACCCUUAUUGAUUCAAGAAAUAUUGGAAAAGGGUAUUUGGAGAGCGACUUCAAGGUUCUUGCACCAUCUUCUUUCGAUGGCACCGCUGUUUGAGGUAUUUGUUUGCCAAGUUUACUCGAACUCCUUAUUGAUGGACUUGACAUUUGGUGGCGCAAAAUACAUAUCUACGGGUCGUGGAUUUGCAAUAACACGCCUUGAUUUCUCUGCACUCUAUUCUAGGUUUGUUAAUAUAUCGAUAUACUCGGGGUUCCAAGUGUUCUUCAUGUUAUUAUUUGCAAUCAUAUCUAUGUGGCAACCAGCCUUACUAUGGUUUUGGAUAACAGUGAUCUCAAUGUGCUUUGCACCUUUUAUUUUCAACCCACACCAAUUUGCGUUUAUGGACUUCUUCAUUGAUUACAAAACUUUUAUCCAUUGGUUAUUUUCAGGUAACACAAAGUAUCAAAAAGAGUCGUGGGCAAAUUUUGUCAAAAGUUCUCGAUCAAGGUUUACUGGCUAUAAAAAUAAAACCAUAAAUGACAUCUCCGAAGAUUCGGACCAUGACUCAAAGAAAGCAAGGUUUUGGAACGUUUUCUUUGCAGAAUUAUUUCUGCCAUUUUGUGUAUUCCUCUUUAAUUUUACAGCAUUUUCCUUCAUAAAUGCGCAAACAGGGGUCUCGGACGCAAAACCAACUAGUGCUGUCUUCCGGUUGUUACUCGUUACUUUUUUGCCAAUCUUUUUUAACUCAAUACUGCUUUUUCUGUUAUUUUGGGUCUCUUUUUUUGUAGUUCCAGGAUUAUCAUAUUGUUGCAGAGACGCCGGUGCUGUGAUCGCCUCUAUUGCUCACACCUUCUCAGUUUUGGUCUAUCUUUUAGAUUUCGAACUGAUGUGGUUUUUACAAGGUUGGAACUUUACACGUACGUUGAUACUACUUAUUACAUGCAUCAAUUUAAACUUGGUUCUUUUCAAGGUCUUCACAACUCUAUUUUUGACAAGAGAGUAUAAAAACAAUAGGGCACACUUGGCAUGGUGGAACGGUAACUGGUAUAAUACAGGUAUGGGAUGGUCUGUCAUUUUACAGCCCAUAAGAGAAUAUUUCGUCAAGAUUAUGGAAUCAAGCUAUUUUGCUGCGGAUUUCUUUCUUGGCCACUUCCUUUUAUACAUUCAAACGCCUAUAGUAUUGUUACCAUUUAUCGAUUACUGGCAUACAAUGGUACUAUUUUGGAUGAACCCAAGAAAUAUCAUCGCACAUAAGAGGGUUCUAACUCGAAAGCAAAAACUGCUAAGAAGUACCAUAGUUUCAAAAUACUUUUCCCUAUAUUUUGCCAUUUUAUGUCUAUUGCUUUUCAUGCUCAUUGCGCCAUUCUUUGCUAGUGAUUUUGUACAAAACCCACAAGAAUUGUUAGAAGGCACGCUUUUCGAGGGAAUCUUUCAACCUAACGGUCAGAACAACAAUGAUACUGGCCCGAAUGCCCCAUCGACAAUCAUGACUACAACACCACCUCUGCCCAUUUUUAAAACCGUUGCGUAG